UGGAAGUGAGUACGAGCCCACAACACUGCGAGGCAUCAUCGGCUCAAUUGACCGCUAUUUAAAACACAAUAACAGUAACAUAUCACUCAUGAAUGACAAAGAAUUUGCCAAAGUCUGGGAAGUGAUGAAAAGCAAACAAAAGGCAUUGAAAAAACAAGGCUAUGGGAAUAAACCCAGAGAGGCUGUGGCACUAACAAAAGAGCACAUCGAGGCAAUGUAUUCAGCCCAGACACUAGGAGAUUCUAGUCCCAGAGCCUUGAUUCAUUCGUUGUGGAUGAUCUGCACAACCCAUUUCGGCAUGAGGACGGGAAAUGAAAUACAUAAACUCUGCUGGGGGGACGUUACACUUGGUGUUGAUUUUGAGUCAGGCGAGGAAUACAUCACACGCGAUACCGAGCGCCAGACCAAGACCAGAACAGGGGAAAAUCCAAGAAAUACCAGGUCAGUCAAACCAAGGGCUUAUGCAGUCCCCGAAGAGCCCAACAGAGACCCAGUUCAUCUGUAUAAGCUGUAUGCAGACAAACGGCCGGUGGAAAUAAGAGGAGAUGACAGUCCGUUCUUCCUUACACCAUGCAACAGCACACAGCUUGGCUGGUUCAGGAGGUCAGCAAUUGGUAUAAACAAGCUGUACGGCAUCAUGGCAGAGAUGAAGGCGGACGCUGGGAUAACAGAGCCCAGAAUCACCCCAUACAGUGCAAGAAAACACUUAAUCCAGACAUUAAAUGAUGAGAACAUCCCGGCUCACCAGAUCGUACAAAUUUCAGGCCACAAAAAUGUCAAUAGUCUAAAUAACUAUAGUGGGAUAAACAAGGAUCAAUCAAAACAGAUUUCAAAGAUCCUCUCAGUCUCACAUUCAAACCAAACUGCUGUAGCAAAGCAGAAUCUUUCUCCAUCUGCAACUGCAACCACGUCAAUGAGUGAUUUACCGAUGGGAAGAGGAUUCUUUGUAAACUCAAAUUUCCACGGCAACGUUACUUUCAAUUUUCACAGCUCUGAAAUGGGUCUGUCCCAGAAAAAUGUGUUCAAUCAACAAGUAAAAUCUCCAACACCAACGCCGGAUGUUUCGCCUGAUUUUCCUGAUCAACCACGCUACAAGCGUAUCCGUAUGAUUCCAGACAGUGAUAGCGAUUAAAUAGUUUGUGAUAAAAUUGGCACGAACACUUACUGUUGAUUUUUUUCCAGUUAAUUCCAUUUAAUUGUUAUCACUCCUUUCGUGUGCAUUUUGUUAAAAAUGGCGAAGACAUUGUUAGCGUUAUUUACGCUAUAAAUAGACUCCGCAUAUUAAUACACCAACAUGACAUAACAAACAAAUUGUGUCAUCAUAUGAUUAUUUAUUUUUUAAAUGAUGUUAUCGGUGUUUUUUAUCUUUUCACUUGAUAUGUUUUGCAUUGUAAAUACAUAAAAGUUAUUGUUUAACGUUUGUUUUCUUGUGAACUAUUUGCAACGCUUAUUGUAAAAGCGGUAAUGAUAUUUUGGGGCGCCCAAUGGGAAAUUGGUUUGAACGGAUUGGCAAAUGUAUAAAAAUAUUAAUUUGUGAGCAUAAAAUAAAAAGAAAAUUUGUUGGAUUGGGUGGAAUAUCGAUUUUAAUUCACUCGUGAUCAUAGAAAAAAUAUAUUUUCACUCGUGGCUGCGCCACUCGUGAAAAUAUAAUUUUCUAUGAUCACUCGUGAAUUAAAAUCGAUAUUCCA